AUUUUGAACUGUUGAUCAUGCAAAGCUAAUCUGUUGGUUUCCAAGAAUAAAAUAUAAGGCUGGAAAUGAGCAUAGUAGUUCUCCAUUAAUGUUAGAAGUGCGCCAUCCUUUCCGUAUUUAUGGACCUAUAACAGAAAGGUUUAUGCUCAUUGUUUGCUGAUAUUUUGUGGCUGACAUAACCCAGAACUGGGUUGGAAGGAAAAACCGAAAGUCAGAAUUUUGUUUCACAUCUUCCAGGCUUGACUGAAGUUUUGGGUUUGCUGUAAAAUGAUGAAGAGUUGCGGAGCUGUGCGCGCUCUCUCUCAACCUUGAGCUAAAUGACUUCCUGAGCUCUCUUUGGACGGCUCCCAUUCAGCUCCCACCGAUCCCCCACCUCAGCUCCAACAACGCAAGUUUUCUAUUACAGUUUCAUUUUAUUCGCAGCUUAUAAUCUUUACUGCGAUAGUUAAACCGGGCGCCUGGAAGCCUCCCCGCGUGUGCCGUGUCGCCGAUGUGAACGAGCGGAGCCACCUUAAAGCAGCCCUCUGAUGUCAGCGUCAGAGGCACAGACUCCGCCGCCGGUACAGCGCUGCGCUGCUCCGCCGUUUCAAAUCUUCUGCGCUGCUGCUCUCCUCACUUUCUUCAGCUCAUGUCGCGGCUGCAUCCACCGGAGUAGCUCAUUUAUUUCAGCGUCUUCUUCGCCAGCAGCUGAGCCGUGUCAGUCCAAGCUGAGCCAAAUCCUCGCUCCAGGGAGAAAAAGGUUUCACCCGUGUGAGGAGAUUGCUGCUGCUGCUGCUGCUGCUGCUGCUUCUGUCCUUCCUCCACACCCAGGCCUCCCCCCCUCCUCCCCCUUCACCAGAGCAGGGCAGCCACGGAAGGCUUGGCUCGAUUUCAGGGAGGCUCAGAUCCUGCAGCCACGUCAAUCACGUCUUCACCGCUGGCUGCGGGGCGGCCUUCGUGGCCGGGAUGCCACUGUGUGCCAUGCCAGUCCACAGUGGACGGUGAGGGGCAGGAGGAGGGCACUGAGUGUAGGAGACUGAGAGGGGGUGGCCCGAAUCAAACAGGAGAAAUGAACCUCUGCUGGAAUGAGAUCAAACGCAAAUCGCACAAUAUCCGGGUGCGGCUAGAGGCUUUCUCCGACAACAGCGGGAAGCUGCAGCUCUCCCUGCAGGAGAUCAUAGAAUGGCUGACGGCCAAGGACGAGGAGCUGUCGGAGCAGCUGCCCAUAGGAGGUGAUGUGGGAGCUGUCCAGCACCAGAGGGAGUUCCACCAGGCAUUCAUGGAGGAUGUCAAGUCCCGUGGGCCAUUUAUCUACUCUGUCUUGGAGUCUGCCCAGGCAUUUCUGGCUCAGCACCCCUUCCAGGAGCCCGAGGAGACCCUGACCGAUGGAAAAGAGGUGUCUCCACGCCGGCGGAUCUUGAAUGUGAGCCGCUCUGUGUGGAAGCAGGCGAACGUAGCCAGUGACCUGUGGGAAAAACUGACAGCACGUUGUGUGGACCGCCACAGACAUAUGGAAAGGACUUUGGAGCGUCUUCUUCAGAUCCAGGCUGCAAUGGAAGAGCUUGCAGGGGCCUUGGAGCAGGCAGAGGGGGUGAGGGAUGCCUGGGAGCCUGUUGGAGACCUCUUCAUUGACUCUCUACAGGACCACAUAGAUGCUACCAAGUUAUUUAAGGAGGAACUGACCCAGGUGAAAGAGGGCAUGAAGCACAUCAAUGAUCUAGCCCACCAGCUGGCAAUCUCCGACGUCCAUUUAUCGAUGGAGAAUGCCCGUGCUCUGGAGCAUCUCAACAGCAGAUGGAAAGUGCUUCAGGGUUCCAUAGAGGAGCGGCUGAAGCAGCUCCAGGAUGCACAUAGAGACUUUGGCCCCGGAUCGCAGCACUUCCUUUCCAGUUCGGUGCAGAUACCAUGGGAGCGUGCUAUCUCCCCAAACAAAGUGCCCUACUACAUCAACCAUCAGGCCCAGACGACAUGCUGGGACCAUCCAAAGAUGACAGAACUGUAUCAAGCGUUGGCGGAUCUGAACAACAUCAAAUUCUCAGCAUACAGAACAGCAAUGAAGCUGCGGCGGGUUCAGAAAGCUCUGAGACUGGAUUUAGUGGCACUGAGUAGCCUUGUGGAGAUGUUCCGGGAGCAGGAGCUGCAGCAGGCAGAUCAUGUGAUGGAUGUGGUUGAGGUGAUUCAUGGCCUGACAGCUUUGUAUGAGAAGCUGGAGGAAGAGAGGUCCGUCCUGGUUAACAUUCCACUUUGUGUUGAUAUGUGUCUCAACUGGCUGCUCAACGUCUAUGACAGUGCUCGAAAUGGCAAAAUGCGAGUUCUCAGCUUCAAGAUGGGAUUGGUGACCUUGUGCAAUGCAGACGUCCAAGAGAAGUACAAAUACUUAUUCCGCCAGGUGUCUGCUCCAGGAGGUUUAACAGACCAGCGUCACCUCAGCCUGCUGCUCCACGAAGCCAUUCAGAUCCCCCGCCAGUUGGGUGAAGUUGCUGCUUUUGGGGGCAGCAAUGUGGAGCCAAGUGUCCGUAGCUGCUUCCGCAUGGCCCCAGGGAAACCUGCUAUUGAGGUGUCUCACUUCCUGGAGUGGAUGAGCCUUGAGCCGCAGUCCAUGGUUUGGCUGCCUGUGCUUCACCGAGUGGCUGCUGCAGAGUCAACAAAGCACCAGGCCAAAUGCUACGUCUGCAAGCAAUGUCCCAUAAAGGGCUUCAGGUAUCGCAGUCUGAAGCAGUUCAAUGUGGACAUCUGCCAGACAUGUUUUCUAACCGGACGCACAACCAAGGGAAAGAAGCUGCACUACCCCAUCAUGGAGUACUAUACACCAACAACCUCAGGAGAAAAGAUGAGGGACUUUGCCAAGACUCUGAAGAACAAGUUCAGAUCAAAGCAGUACUUCACGAAGCACCCGCAGAGAGGUUACCUGCCAGUGCAGUCAGUGCUGGAAGCUGAUACCUCAGAGACACCGUGCUCCUCGCCCAAGCUGCCCCAUGCAGACACACACAGCAGGAUUGAACAUUAUGCCAGCAGAUUGGCGGAAAUGGAGAGCCAGAAUUGUUCAUUCUUCACGGAUAGUCUGUCUCCUGAUGAAAGCCUUGUGUUGCUUGGAUGGAGCUGUGUCACACAAAUGGAUGAAGAUCAGUACCUCCUGCGUCACUCCAGCCCAGCCCUGGACCAUGACUCACCCUGUGGACAGCACAUGCUGCUGGCACAUUUGGAACACCAGGAUAAGGAGCAGCUCCAAUGCACCCUGGCCCGCCUGGAGAACGAGAACAGGGUGCUGCAGAGCGAGUACAGGCGGCUUAAGUGGAAACACGAAGAGGCGGCAUCAGUUCCCAUGCUGACUGAGGCUGGAGAAGGAGGUCUCGGUUCACCUACAGCGGAAGGGCAGCAGGACGAGGAGCUCUUGGCUGAAGCACGGGUCCUCCGGCAACACAAGACUCGCCUGGAGACCCGUAUGCAGAUCCUGGAGGACCACAACAAACAGCUCGAGUCCCAGCUGCGCCGGCUCAGGGAGCUACUGCUACAGCAGCCCAAAGAUGAUUCAGAGGCCAAUGGAUCAGAACCAUCAACCCUGUCUUCUCCUGUGUCUGGAGGAGGACACCAUGGGGAGCCAGCUAGCAGAGAGACUACAGACACUGAAGCAGCAGGAGAUGAUUUGGAGCAUGAGCAGGACACGGUGCUGCAGCUCCAGGAGGUCAUUGAGCAGCUGAGAAACGUCUUCCCUUCAGAACCUGGCACCACAUCACACAUCUAACCCUGAGUGUGCCUGGAGGAGCAGAAAGAAAGCCUGAAAGAACGCCUGAUGGCAGAGGGAGGAGCUCUAUGCAGCUGAGGUCAGGCCACAGUACACCAGGCCAUGUGACCACUGCAGCGGCAAUGAUACUUAGAGCUAACCCUCUACUGGAAUUUUGUGCACUAAAAGCCUUUUUCAUGCAAACUGCUAAAGGCUCACGCUGAUGUCCUUUUGGCCAGGCUGUGCUUCAUAGCUUCAGUGGCGCAGCCUGACACCAUGUUAACGAGCCAAAGGAAACUAAUGUUAGCAGCAGGUCAGGGAGAGACUAAAGUGAUGGAAAAUGCCCAGCCAAGACACUGUGUUUACCAGUAUUUGUGUAGUCAUUCAGAGGUGGGAAGCUUUAUAUCAGUCUGCAGCACAAAUCGGACCUUCCGUGAAAAGAACCUCAAAAAAAUGCAAAAAGGGGAAAAGGAAGGACAUCCAUUGUUUCUAUCAAAAUGCCUGUAUCUUCAGUGUGUGUUUCCCCCCCCCCUCCUGAAUGUGUUGUCAUGGUUGUUAUUUUUGUAUUUUGAAACAAGGAGGUGAGCUAAAGCUUAACCGUGUAAGCUAGAUCAGGACUGGGCUGACUACAUUUUAUGUGGCUGCGUGCUGCAGACUGUCAAGGAGCUGACAGCACCCACAACGGGCUUAUUUACUUUUUCAGAAUGACACAUUAUCAGUUAAAUCCAUGACUUAUUUGAGACAGCCAAAGUGCCCGCUAGCACAGCGCCUCUGUAUGCACACACUGUGUUCCUCUAAUCCUGUCUCACUGCUUGUCGUACUCAUUGCUUGCCUCUCCUAAGUGAGCCCUUUACACCCAUAGAGCACUAACUGCACUCAGUGUAUGUGCACACACGUAUGCUGCUACACACGCACCCCUAUUUGCAAUAGCCCCCACGCAUCCACCCACAUUAUGCACAAAUAACCAAAUGGCUCCCUGCAUGAUCGAUAACAUGUGCUGUGAUGUAUCGCCAGAAAUACACCAUAGGCCAAUUUCAUAAAAAUGGAGAUCUAUUUCAUCUUGAAGGAUAUAAACAAGUUCUCAGUGGUAAGCCAAUUUAUUUUGUGAAUGGGAUUGUGUUUUGUUUAGGAAAUGUCUGCUGAUAAAUAUCAGCAUGCAUGCCACUGCUCUGAGAUCUUAGGGUUCUCCUGCUAUGUGCAGACAGAAGGAAGGAGCUCCUAAAAGUUAAAGCUCCCCCACCCCUCGAUAUGCUAAUUCCAAAAACUACAGGGGGGGGUAUAAGGCACACCAAGAUAACUCAAUCCCACACCAGCUCCAUUCUUAAUAAUCCCUUCAUUCCAUGUAGAUUUGAAAAGAACAGUAGCUACUGACUCUGCAUGUGUCAUUUCCCCUCAUGUUAAUGCAUACUUAAUUGCUUUUAGAUUUACAAAAGGAUGUGUCGUUGAUAUAGUUUCACCCUCAUCGUAUCAAGCUCAUAGGGUGCAUUUUGUUCUAAACAUAGCACAGUCAAUUAAUGCCUUAAAACCGAGCUGAAUCCAUAAAAGACAAGAGUUAGUCUUUCUCCACGUUUUCUUUCUUUUUUCAUUAUGCUUUAAAUUCAGGGAAGGAGGUUGCGUCAGGAGUGUGUUUGUGCACUAGUGUCUGUCAGUCCCCGGACAGACCUGUGGUUGAUUGGAAGUGACAGCUGGAAUGGAAAAGUGUGGAUCACAGCAUGUGAGCAUCCAUAGGGUGAAACCGGUUAAAUAAGGCUUGUAUGAGUGAACCCAUGGUGCCGGGUAUGCUUGGAGGGAGUAAAGAUCUAAGAGACAAGAGAGGAAAGGCGUAAAAAAACCAAUCCAUUUAUUGCUUGAGGGCUGGUGGGAGAGAUCCACUUUGAUGUGCCUGCCACAGCAAAAUCUCCAGAAGCAGGACUAAAGUUUGCCUGAAACAAUGAAGCUGUGGUUCUGUGUGUUUCUCCGUACUCAAACCACCCCAUUCUCAUAUACAUUGAGGAAUCCAUGCUAAACUUUAAAAAUAUCAUUCUGACCCCACAUACAUGAGUUUAAAACCCAUGUGCUGCAUUCAUUAUGGGAUCUUCCUCCAGGCACAUAGCACUCACAUUUGACACCAUCCUCCUCAGCACUCGUUGCCUGUUAGUUUUGAUACCGUUGCUAGGGAACUGCCCCCAAGGACAAAGCUCCACAGGUUUGCAAGUUGGAAACGUGAUGUGCCAUUCAUAAUACAAAUGCUAAUAGCCUUAAGGGAAGCAAGAGAGGCCCUUGGUUCCCAAACACAGCUCUCCUUUUCUUCAUGUCCACCUCCACUGAAGCCUGCCACUGUUAAGCUGCUGAAGAUAGUCAUUACUAUUUGUUGAACCCAUCUCCGCAUCAGCACUGCUUGAGAAUUUGUUUUGUUAAAGCUCUCGCAACUCAGAACAAAGAGCAGCUGCACAGCUCGUGCGAGAAAAAAAAAAAAGCCAUGACAAGCGAUGUUUAUUCAUAGACGUUUAUGUAUUGGUAUUUACACAUCUCAUUACACAGUGAUGAUUAUCCAUUGCUCUCAGUUGCUCCAUACGUUUCUAUGUGGGUACACAAGAUGAUGGCGCAGUGACAGGUUGUGAAAAAGAAGGGGAGACAACCCCCCCAGUAGGACUGCACAUCAACAGUUGUCAUGUUUAUUUUAACACCAUAUAGUGACGAAAGAAUGACACAAACAUAUAGACUAGGUAGUUAUACUACAGGGUUACAUUGCAAUUCGCAGUUUGUCCCAACAUUUCACUCUGCUGCUGCUCGACACCGCCAUCCAAAUAAAUGAUGAUGCGUGACUGUGUGAUCAUCUGAGGUCUCAUCCGUGUGCACAUUUCUUUACUCCUAGUGGCUUCCUGUUUUGCCCCACACACACUAACACACACUGCUCCCUGUGGCAUGACUGAAGCCGGGUGAAAAAAGGUUCUCUACAUAAGCCGGAGUCACCCCCAGAGGACACCGCUAUCACUGCUCAGACUUCUGUUACUGCAUGUAGCUUGCCAACAUGCUCCACGGGCCCUGUCAUUAAUCUGCCGCCUCAGUGUCAGACCCUCCCUCCUGUGUUUACCAACACGCAUCUAAAUAUGUAACAAGGACACGUGCGCUUGUAUGUCACGCAACAUAUAUAAGUUUGUUACUCUAACACACUCAUUUUUUUUUUCUGAUGAAAUGAGGUUUUUCUUCUUUGUGUGUUCUUUUAAAUCACCAUUAAUAUACCUCAUUAAUCAUAAUGUUUGACUUCUUUAACACUUUUGAUUUCCUGUUUUAUUGUCCAGAACUCAAAACACUUCUUUUUGUCUUUUCUCUGGAGUUUUUAAUCUGUAUUAAAAAAAAGGGUUUCUGAAGAAAGGCUUUUUACUGUAAUAACAAGUGGGUUACUGGCUGCUUUCUACUCUUUGUGUACAGAAAUAAAAGUUUGUAUUUGGCAAACUCCUUGUCUGCUCGUGUUAUUGUUUUUUUUGUUUAUUUCAUGUGACUGCAGUUAUCCCUUUGAGAUUUGAAUAAUGAAAGUUAACUCAGAAUGGUGCCAAAUACAGGCUGUUUUAUAUUAAUUUUUCUUUUUGUGUUUAUAUUUGGAUUUGUGUAUGUCCCAUUGUGAGGCCUGUGUGCUUGUCAUUUUUUUUCUGACUCUGUUAUUCAGUCUGCCCUCGACUUCUACCUUAAACCUUUGCUUCAGCGCAGAAAAAACGGCUCAUUGGUCUAUUCUGAUGCAGUGCCACCCUUUUCUGUUUUAGCCCUGUUGGCUUUGUUCCCUGAGUUUGUUCUCUUUGGCUGUGGUGCAGCACUUGAUUGACAUUUUACCUUCUUUCUCGCCUUAUCGCGCACUGAUCUCUUGCUCGCUGCAUUAUCUUUGCCGGAGCUGGCGGGCGCAGGAUCUCUAUCUUUAUCUAUUGCUUGAUUAUCUGGUACACCCAGCCCAGCUUCAUGAACCACGGCCUUCUCUAUACUUUCAUUAUCUAACCCCUCUCCACUCGCUCUCCCACGCUCUGGCUCUUUAUUACCCUGCUCUGCUUUCACAUCUGGAUUUUUCCCUGUUUCUGCAACAUCCACCCCCUCUGUCUCGACAGGGGUGCA